GACCUGGCGGCCUGAGGCGGCCGCGGCCUCCGCCCCGCUCCGCACCAACGCCCCGCCGGCCAGAGGGGCGAUGAGCUGGUUCAACGCCGCGCAGCUGUCCAGCUUCGCCAAGCAGGCCCUGUCCCAGGCCCAGAAGUCCAUCGACAGGGUGCUGGACAUCCAGGAGGAGCCGCACGCCUGGGCCGAGGCGGCGCCCUACGGAGAGCCGGGAAUAAGUCCUGCUGUCAGUGGAGGAUGGGAUACUUCAACUUGGGGGUUGAAAUCAAACACUGAACCUCAGAGUCCACCCACAGCCUCUCCUAAAGCAAUCACAAAGCCAGUUCGAAGGACUGUUGUAGAUGAAUCAGAAAAUUUCUUCAGUGCCUUUCUCUCUCCAACCGAUGUGCAGGGCAUUCAGAAGAGCCCAGUGGUAUCGAAGCCCCCAGCUAAAUCACAGCGGCCAGAGGAGGUAGAAAGUGGCCUGCAUGAACCCUUGCGGGAUGCACAGUCAAGACCUGAAACCAGUGACUCGCAAGUGAAGGACCCUCCUCUGUGUGUGUCAGGGGGAGCUCAGGCGGCAGGCACUCCGUCACCUAAAGCUGAGGGCAGGCUCGAGGAAUCUGUUGGUGGAGAGUCUGACCUGAAGGCGCCAGCUGCAGGUGUGGAAGCAUCAGAGAGUGCCAUAACCGUGAAACCAGCUACAGAAAGUGUGCCCCAUGGCUCUCCGCAGGCUCUCAGCGCAGAAGAGAAGGGCGUGGCUCUGGAGCCCAAGGAGCCAAAGCAGGAAGACAGGCAGAGCAACACCCCGUCUCCUCCCGUCAGCACCUUCUCCUCGGGCACGUCCACCACCAGCGACAUUGAGGUCUUAGACCACGAGAGCGUGAUGAGCGAGAGCUCCGCGAGCUCCAGGCAGGAAGCCGCAGACCCCAGGUCUAGCCUUCCCCUGAUGCAGACCUCGUUCCAGCUGCUCUCCACGUCCACCUGUCCUGAGUAUGGCCGCCUAGAUGAGCUGCACAAGCUCAGUGAGAGCUGCUGCUCCUCCGAUGCUUUUGAAAGGAUAGACUCCUUCAGUGUGCAGUCGUUAGAUAGCCGGAGCGUGAGCGAGAUCAAUUCAGACGACGAGUUGCCAGGCAAGGGGUACGCCUUAGGGCCGGCUGUGCUUGGCUCGACUCCGAAGACGAAGACCGUGGAGUCUGUGGAGGGAAAAGCUGAAGGGGAGGCCGAUGGAACACUGGUCGCUCCUGCCGAGGAAGCGGAGAUGGAAGAAAGUGGACGGAGCGCCACUCCCGUUAACUGUGAGCAGCCAGACAUGGCCGUUUCUCCUGCGCCAGUGGGCGAAGGACACGCUGUCCUGCACAAGGUGGCUGGGCAGGGGGAAGCCGCCGAGGCACAGCCUGAGGCUCUUGCUGAGAAGGAAGAUGUUUGCAAGACAGUUCAAUUUCUGAAUGAAAAAUUGGAAAAACGGGAGGCUCAGUUAUUAUCUCUUAGUAAAGAAAAAGCACUCCUAGAAGAAGCAUAUGACAACCUGAAGGACGAGAUGUUCAGGGUGAGGGAGGAGAGCAGCAGUGUGUCUUCCUUGAAGGGUGAGUUCACUCAGAGGAUCGCAGAAGCAGAAAGGAAGGCUCAGCUGGCCUGUAAGGAGAGAGACGCUGCCAAGAAGGAAGUCAAAAAUAUAAAAGAAGAACUUGCUACUAGACUGAAUAGUAGUGAAACUGCAGACCUUUUGAAAGAGAAAGAUGAGCAGAUUCAAGGAUUAAUGGAAGAAGGAGAAAAACUUUCAAAGCAGCAACUACAUAAUUCUAACAUCAUUAAGAAAUUAAGAUCUAAAGACAAAGACAAUGAAAAUACCAUUGCAAAGCUGAACAAAAAAGUGAGAGAUCUGGAAGAGGAGUUGCAGCAUUUAAAGCAGGUCCUUGAUGGUAAAGAAGAGGUUGAGAAACAACAUAGAGAAAAUAUUAAAAAGCUAAACUCUGUGGUGGAACGCCAAGAGAAGGAUCUUAGCCGACUUCAGAUGGAAUCGGGUGAACUUGAGGAGAAGAAUCGAAGUAUUCAGGCUGCUCUGGACAGUGCAUACAAAGAACUUACUGAUCUUCACAAAGCCAAUGCUGCAAAGGAGAGUGCGGCCCAGGAAGCGGCUCUGAAUCGUGACGUGAAAGCAAAGGAAGAGCUGUCCGCAGCGCUCGAGAAGGCCCAGGAGGAAGCCCGCCAGCAGCAGGAAGCGCUGGCCAUCCAGGUGGGGGACCUCCGGCUGGCGCUGCAGCGGGCAGAGCAGGCCGCUGCCAGGAAGGAGGACUGUUUACGCCACGAGAUCAGUGAACUUCAGCAGAGACUCCAGGAAGCAGAGAAUCGGAACCAGGAGCUGAGUCAGAGUGUUUCGUCGACAACGAGGCCAUUGCUUCGACAAAUAGAGAAUUUGCAGGCAACCUUAGGGUCCCAGACGUCGUCGUGGGAGAAGUUGGAGAAGAGCCUUUCUGAGCGGCUUGCUGAGUCGCAGACCUUGUUGGCAGCAGCAGUGGAAAGAGAGCGGGCAGCCACUGAGGAGCUCCUGGCCAUCAAGACCCAGAUGUCUUCCGUGGAUUCACAGAAUUCUCUCCUGAGGCAGGAGAACAGUCGAUUCCAGGCCCAGCUGGAGUCGGAGAGGAGCAAGCUACGAAAACUGGAGGAUGAAAGUAAUCGGUACCAGGUGGAAUUGGAAAAUCUAAAGGAGGAAUAUGCAAGAAUGCUGGAAGAGACCAGGAGAGAAAAGACGCUGUUGAACAGUCAGUUAGAAAUGGAAAAAAUGAGAGUCGAACAAGAAAGGAAGAAAGCCAUUUUCACUCCAGAAGCAGUGAGAGAGAAGGAGCGAAAGCCCCUGUCUGUUUCUAGUACUCCCACCCUGUCGCGCUCCAGCUCCAUCAGUGGCGUGGAUAUGGCGGGGCUGCAGACCUCUUUCCUGUCCCAGGAUGAGGCUCCCGACCACCCGUUUGGACCCAUGUCGGCCUCGGCAAGUGGAGGCACGCUGUACGAUGCCGUGAGGCUGGGGGCAGGCUCCAGCGUCGUGGAGAGCCUGCAGUCUCAGCUGAAGCUGCGGGAAGGGGAGAUCGCUCACUUGCAGCUAGAAAUCGGCAGUCUAGAAAAGACCAGAUCGGUAAUGGCUGAGGAGCUUGUUAAACUGACGAGUCAGAACGACGAACUAGAAGAGAAAGUGAAGGAGAUUCCCAGGCUUCGGGCUCAGCUCAGGGAUUUGGAUCAAAGGUACAACACUAUUCUGCAGAUGUAUGGAGAAAAAGCAGAAGAAGCAGAAGAACUUCGAUUAGAUCUUGAAGAUGUGAAAAAUAUGUAUAAAACUCAAAUAGACGAACUUUUGAGACAAAGGCUCAGUUAACUUCUGAAAAUUGAAUUCCCAUCAAACUGAAUGUAAACGUUUACUAUCUAAAUGUAGACUUCCAAUAAAUUCUUUUAUAGAAUUAGGAAAUGGAACUUCUGUAGAGUGCAAAAAUUUUUUUAAAAACUGUUUUACAGUAUGUAGUAAUAUUUGCAGUUAAAUUAUUUUAUGCAAUAUUUGAACUUUAUUUUUGAAACUAUUCUUUAAAGAUUUUAUUUUUAAAGGCAUUUGACUUUUUUUCCCCUUUUUCCUUUUUCUUUGUUUGCCUGGAAUAGCACAGAGGUUUAGUACUUUAUGUAUUGCAGUAUGGCCAGGGAAGAAGAGGGGUGUUCAUAUAUUAUUGUAAAUAUAUAACUAAUUGUAUCUAUGAUUUAUAUGUUUGUAUAUAUUGAGAACAUUUAAAAAGUAAUAUUAACAAACCAAAACUUUGAAAUCUUUCACACUUAAAUAUUCAACAUCUGAUUAUUACUUGUGAAAAUGUUUUAAUUAAGUGUUCAAGGAAAAAAGUUAUUAAACCUGUGGUUAUUAAAUUUUAAACUAAUUUUUUUCUUUGAAAGUCACACUGACACUGUCUGAAAUUUAAAGUGAAUGAUUUAAACUUUCAAACUUUUUUUUGUGGUACUGGGGAUUGAACCCAGGAACACUGAGCCAUAUCCCAAGCCCCUUUUAUAUUUUCUUUUGAGACCGGGUCUUGCUAGGUUGUCCCAGCUGGCCUCUAAUUGCGGUCUUUCUGCCCCAGCCUCCCCAGUAGCUGCGAUUAUAGGUGUGCACCACCCCACCCAGCUUGAUUUUUUUUUUUUCUUUUUUAAUUGAAAACUUACUUCACCCAGCUUCUACACAAUUAAGUGUGAACAAAUUUUGGCAUCUCUUGGUACCUAUCUAUAGAAAAUUGUAUAUAUUUAAUUUAUCUAGGCAUAAUCUGAUAGUGGAAAAUUUUACUUACAACCGUCUGGUGUCAUCAGUUAAGACUUAAGUGAUUUUGGAGAGGUGUUAUUUUACUACCCUUUGAAAAGAACCAAAAGUAAUAAAAUUAUUAACAUAAUUUACUCUCUAAAAAUUGCUGAUUUACAUUUUGUAAAGCCAUAUUUUUGGCACAUUGAAAAUGAAUGAUAUUAUAAUGAAAUAGAAUAAUUACAGGACUUGAAUAAGGCAUUUAUGAGUUUGUGUAAUUUGUUUUUUUCUUAAAGCUUUAAACAAACAAGAGUGGCGUGGAUUUGCUUUAGAGACUUGCUGUGCCCUCUUCAGCUGUUGUUUUGUUCUGAAGCUCACUAGGUCGUGUACUAGACCUUUGGAACACUUUGAUCCCUUCUGUGGCAGGAAGUGACGGAGCUCCUCCACAGCUUCCCUCCUCAGCUGGGGCUGCUCUCUGAGGCUCCAGUUGCCCACAGUGAACCACAAUCCAAAAACACAGAUGGAAAAGUGAGAGAGAAGCAGCUUGUAGUUUUAAAUGAUGUCUUUUGUGAGUGGCAUGAUGAAACCUGCUGCUUGUCAUCCUCGUGCCAGGACUCGACUCAUCCCUUUGGGCAGUAUGUUCAAUCUGGUGGGUGGUCACCUAGUGGCCAGUUGGCUCUUACAGUGCCACGGUGCCUUGUGUUCAGGUGGCGCUCACUUUACUUAAUGGCCCCAAGGCCCUGGAAUAGUGGUGCUGACAGUUGGGUGUGUCCAGGAGAAGCUGGGAGUGCUUCCUGAGAACGGCAGGUGUAGAUCUGUAACUGUCUGUGGUGCUAGGCUUCCACCGAGGGUGUCAACCAUUCCCGUGGAUAAAGUGGGAUUACUGUCCUUGCAAAUGAACACUAAUCUUUAGCUACAUUCUAAACAUUCGCACUUGAGAAUACAGCCCCAGGUGAGCCAUGCUGAAGAACUGGAGAGCUUUUCAGGGCAAUGCUGGUGACCUCGUUUUUGUUCUUUUUGUAUUCAAACUAUUUCUGUCACUGGAUCUGUGAUUUAUAGCAUUAAUAAAUAUCCUUUAGGUGCAAGUUA